AUGUCCUCAUCUCCCGAAGCACCACCGCCCGCGGACAAUGAAGCGCCCGAGCAGACUGAGAGUGAACCUCUGCUCGGAGGACCCGGCGAUGCCACACAGAAACCGGAUGCGCCCAUUUUCUCUAACCUUUAUCUCGGAACCGGCUGGCUCGCUCAAACCGGCGGCAUCCUCCUCCUCGCCAUCAUCUGGGCCUCCGUCUUCACCAACCCGACCCUCCCGCUGGUCUCCCCACACCCGCUGCUCCAGUCUUUGGGGGUCUACACCGUGCUCCAGGCCAUUCUAAUCCUCCAGCCCACGACCACGCCCCGGACCAAACAGGCCGGCCAGCGCGCGCACGUUUUCCUGCACCUCCUCUCCUUCCUCCUCUUCCUAACCGGCACCACCAUAAUCGAACUCAACAAACACGUCAACCACCUCGCCCACUUCCACUCCCCGCACGCCUACCUCGGCUCCCUCUCCGUCCUCUUCCUCGCCCUGCAAUACCUCUUCGGUCUCGCCACCUGGCUCACCCCGCUCUCCCGUUUCAUCUUCCGCACCGAGGCCCGCGCCAAAAGCCUGUGGCGGUAUCACCGCGCGUCGGGGUAUGUAGCGCUGGUGUUGCUGUUGGCGACGGUGGCGACGGCGGUGGAGACGGAUUAUGUGCGCGGGGUGCUGGGGAUUAGGCUGUGGGCGGUGUUGGUGGCGGAGGGGUUGAUUGUGGUGGGGGUUGUGCCGAGGGUGCAUUUGAGGAAGUUCAGGGUGGGAGGUGGGGUUGGUGUUGGGGUGACGGCUGUGGGAGGUUCGCAGAGUUGA